GUUUCCUUUCCUCUUGUGAACACAUGCGCUCGUGUACGGCAUACCCGGGGUGUUAUUUCCCAAAAAAGUGCAAUAACUCUUCAACAAAUCGUGAUAUUGUCCUUAAACACUGGACUGUCGAUGAGCUUAAUGAGUUAAAAUGUAACCAGCUCGUCUUUUUCUCUUCAGCGGGUUCUCGUAGCCGACAGUAAGCUAGCGUUAGCCUAGCAAAAACAAGCGCAGUGAAAUAUGGAGAUACAUGGUCGGGACUUUUUGAACGCUCCUCCUGUAAAGACUGUCAGGUUUGGAAGCAGUUUGUCGGAAACGUUAGCUAAAUAUAAACAGGGGGAUUCGGGUGACUAUGAGCUCCUGAGACAUCAGCUGGCUGAUCCUGAGAUAAAGGAUGCUCAGAUCAUCAACUGGCUACAAGAGUUUAGGAAUUGUGUGACCCAGCUAACCAAAGACCAUGAACAGCUUAUCUAUACUAUUUUGAGGCUUCCGUGGGUGGGGCGUAGCCAGGCUGUGGUGGAGGAGUACAUGGCCUUCCUUAGUAAUCUGGUCUCAGCACAGACUAUGUACCUGUGUGCCUGCCUCAAGAUGGUGGUCUCCCAUUUCACUCCCAAGAGAGUGACUAUCUGUGAAGGAGGAGUUGAUAUCUCGGAUUCAGAUGAUGAAGAUGAAAACCUCCCCAGAAACUUCGAUCAGUGUCACCAGGCAUUACAGCUCAUCAACAGAUUUGUUCCAUCCACGAGUCGCUUCCUGAUGCCCAUCUUGCAGGAGAACUUCCCCUUCGUACAGAAAUCCUCCAGAACGCUGGAGUGUUACGUCCACAACCUCCUGAGGGUCACCAUGUACAUACCAUUGAUCCGACGAGAUGUUCUGGAGUUGAUUGUCGGAAAGAUGCUAAAACUGGAUGUGUGUGCGUCCCGUGCAGACAUCGAGGAGGUGGAGGAGAACGCAGUGCAGAGCCAGCGAUCAGAGGGGCGGGCAGAGGAAGGACUCUUCGAGAUGGAUGAGGACAUGUCAGCAGAUCACCUCUCCAGGACGGCUGUGAUGGCCCACCCGGUGGCUGACAGGCUGGACACUCUGAUGGCUGUUCUCAUGGCUUAUAUCAAGGACGUCUGCCAUGACAAUGGCUCUCUUCACGUGGAGAGGACCAAGGAUCUGUACAGAGAUUUUUUGACUGUGUUUGACAAGCUCAUCCUGCCAACACACGCCUCCUGUCACGUCCAGUACACACUCUUCUACCUCUGCAGCUUCAGAGUGGCCCUGGCUGAGGCCUUCCUGGAUCACCUGUGGAAGAUCCUGCAGAGCCCCUCUCAGCCCGCUGUUCUCCGCCAGGCUGCUGCAGGGUACCUGGGGAGCUUCCUGGCCCGAGCCAAGUUCAUCCCCGUGCUCACUGUGCGGGCCUGUCUGGACCUGCUGCUUGCAUGGAUCCACUGCUACAUCGACAGCCAGGACAGCAGCGGCAGACAGGUGUGCUGUGACAUCAGCCUGCAUGGGCCCUUCUACACCGCCUGCCAGGCUGUCUUCUACACAAUCAUCUUCAGACACAGAGCCAUGCUGGAGGGCAACAUGAAGAAAGGUCUGGAGUACCUGCAGAGUCUGAACCUGGAGCGGGUGGUGAUGUGUCAGCUGAACCCCCUCAAAGUGUGCCUGCCUUCAGUCACCAGCAUGUUCGCUGCCAUCACCAGGAAGUAUCAGGUGGUGUUCUGCUACACCAUUAUAGAGAGGAACAACCGCCACAUGCUGCCGGUAGUCCGCAGCUCUGCAGGGGGGGACACUGUGACCACCAACACCAACCCUCUGGACAGCUUCUUCCCCUUUGACCCCUACCUGCUCAAGAGGUCUGGUCAGCUGAUUGAGCCUCUGUACCAGGUCUGGGAGGAACUCUCAGAUUCAGAGCUGCUUCCCACCAAAACAGGACAACAGGGCCUGAGGGAGGACGAGGAUGACUUCCUACAUGGGGAGGAGCCCAAGGCCGAGGGCAUCGUGGGAAUGACACCCAGCUCCUUCGACUCAAACGUGUGCAGCCUGAGCAGCGUGGGCUCACCCCCCAUCGCUUUCUAGGCCCCCUUGAAAAUGGACUUUACUUUUUAUUUAUAAAGAUUCAAACAGGAACUGAAGAACACUUGAGCCAGUCACACUGAAGGGAUGUGACUGGUCUCUAUUCAGACAAGAGUACCCAUCUUUAUUAAUGAGUGUUUGGUUUUAUAGGUCUACACAGUCUUAUCAUGUUGUGAUUAAUCACAGUUUUGCAUGUGUAAAAACAGCUUGGAAUGAAAUCAUCAGAAUCAGUAAGAGAGCCCAAACUCCUGAUGAUCAGAGUAAUAUUCCGAGCGGGUAUCUAAAGUUCGAAACAAACUGUUGUCAAAAGGCUUUUUCAGCUUUUGUCAUUUUGUUCUGUAUGUGAGAAAAUUCAACUCAAAUUAAAUUGAGUUUGAACAUUG